AUGACAAGCCUAGAAGAGCUCGAGAACCAGUGCCUACCAAUUAGCAAGUUGAAGAAAUAUGCAACAAAAUGGGGUACAAAAAUACAAACGACUCUUUUCAACAAAGAUGUUCAUGCAUGGAACAAGUCUUUUCAACUUAAUCAAAGUUACUACAUUAUAAAUGGAAAAUUAAAUGGAGCUAAGCCAAACUUCUUAUCUGUGCAUAAGGACCUCGAACUAGCAUUUAUGAACAACACAGAGGUCGUUGAGGACAAAAGCCAAUUUAAGACUGAGCAAUUUUCGAAUGGAUUUAUUUCAUUUGAUGAAGCUGAAAAAAUCACUAAUGGGAGUUUGUUUGUAAAAGCACUAACUGGAGAAGGACGAAGCAUUAGACGCGAAGUAAUCGUUACAAACGAAAGGUAUGAUCGAAAAGUCAUGACUUUAUGGGGAGAUUUCGCUAAAAUCGAAGGUCAAAUGUUACAGAGCCUUGAAAUUGACAAACCAGUGCUUGCCUUUUGUGAUGUAAAAUCAUCCAUUUACCAAGGGGAUUUUGUCCUUUCCACGACUCCUGUUAGUAGUUUGCUAAUAAAUCCACAAUUUGAAAAAGCGAACAAUCUCCAAGAAUGGAAUGACAACAUGAAGGCACAAAAUAUUGACUUAAGUCUAAUGCCAAGCAAACUAAUGCAAACAGCCGGCCAAGUGAAAAUUUCUAAUAUUUUAAACGGUUCACUUGCCAUUGUGAAGGACAUGUACUAUAGGUUCAAUGCUACGGUUUCUAGCAUUGACAAUAACACCGACCCAUGGUAUCAUGCUUGCAAGAAAUGCUAA